AUGGGCUCCAUUUCGCAGAACGAGCGAGAAGUCGCGAUCAUUACUGGUGCCACGAGUGGUAUCGGUUCCUGGCUAGCAGCUCAUCUGCAUGCGAAAGGGUACUGCGUUGCAAUUUGUGGUCGACGAGAAAGUGAAGGACACAACGUCGCCUCAUCGAUUGACCCAAAAGAAGAGACAGCCAUCUUCGUUCAAUGCGAUGUAGGCUCCUACGCUUCGCAAGUCAACCUCUUCAAGACUGUCUGGGAGAAGUGGGGUCGUCUUGACGUUCUGAUCGCAAACGCUGGCUUCGUUGAUCGUGGUUCCGUAUUCAACUUCAGAUACCGUGAUGCAGCCAUCAACAGCCCACCUCCAGAACCGGAUACCAGUUGCACCGACGUGGUGGUGAAAGGAAGAAUAUAUGGCACAACACUGGCGACGCACUACAUGCGCAACAACCCAGGACGGAAGGGCGGUAAGAUUAUAACCACAGGUAGCAUGCUAGGUGUAUACGCAUGCCAGACUUUCCCGGAGUAUUGCGCGGCCGAGGCCGCGUCGGCCAUGUGGGCGAAGACGACUGGACCCGUUCUGCUGGCUAAGGAUAACAUCUCCGUCAACUCUGUGAUGCUGGGCCCAAUCGAGACUGAAGCUAUGCCUGGAUUUAGCAAAGCUUUCCAUCCUGAACAAUUGAUGAUGAAGUCGACACUCUUCGCUGGUUACGAUCGCUUCCUUGACGACAAGGAAAAUCUCAGGACAGGUGAGACCAUCGAGGUGGCGCACGACAAACUUGUAGACUGGGGUCAUCCAGGCUACAAGAGCGGAGCAUUUUCGAAGCGCUCAGAGGCCGUAUUCGAGCCAUGGUUCAAUCUGGUGCAUGGGGAAGAGAGUGGAUUGGCUGGUACGCUCAAGGAUUGGCCUGACCAUAGUAAGAAGAUCAUCGCUGUCACAGGUGCGACAGGAAGCCAAGGCGGUGGAGUUGUCAAUAUUAUGAAGAAGACCCCUGGAUGGAAGGUCAGAGCAAUUACCAGGAAUCCAGACAGUGAUGCGGCGAGAAAGCUUACAGCCGAGGGUAUCGAAGUUGUGAAGGCUGAUUUUGAGGAUGAGGCGUCCCUGCGAGUCGCCUUUGAAGGUGCGCAUGCCGUAUUUGCUGUCACGAACUGGUGGGAAUCGCUCUUCCAGGGUAAAAGCCAGCACGAGUCUGGUGAGAUCGAAGAGCGACAUGGCAUGAACCUUGCUCGAGCUGCUGCCGCCACUCGUACUGUAGACCACUACAUCUGGUCAACAACUCCAAGUGCCAAGCGCCGGUUCUGGGGCAAGCUAGAAGCACCCCAUAUGGACUAUAAGGCGAAUGUCGACAGGCGCAUCAAAGCGGAGUUGCCUCAGCUCGCUGCUAUCACUACUUAUUUGUACUUCGGGUACUACCCCCAAAACAUGGCCUUCUUCCCGUUGUGCAAGCCAAUCGAAUACCCCGGCACUGGCCAGUACAUUCAGACUCUGCCUACCAAAGCCGACGCUAAAGUGCUCGUGGCCGGCGACAUGACUGUCAAUCCCGGUAUCUGGGUUCGUCAAGCCCUUGCCACUGGCGAUAAGGCUUACCGUAGAUACGCCAACGUCGCGCUAGAGAAGUUGACCUUCCAAGAGAUGGUCGAUGUAUGGUCAGAAGUAACUGGCAAGAGCUGUGUGUUUGCUGAAGUUAGCAUGGAGACAGUGACGAAGCUGUACGGCGAUAUGGGCAAUGAACUAGCGAAGCAAUUCAAGUAUGGAGAGGCGUGCGACCCGUGGGAGGUCACCGAAGAUUUCAUCAGUCCGGAAGAGCUGGGUAUCGAUCCUGGGGAAGUUGUCGGGUUCAAAGGGACAAUCGAAGGACUUAAGGCUGUCGGGUUUUGGGCUUGA